GUACCAUCACCGUCAUUCCAUUCAAUUCAUUUCACUCGCUUAUCAGCUGCCUGUCACCCGUGGUGCGGCCGAAAUUCGACCCGAAAUGGCGACGACCCUGCAGCGCGUGAGCCUGAUGGCCCGGCGGACCUUCGGGGGCCGUGCCUCCUUCUUCACGUACAGCCCCGAGCCGGCCCAGCCGCUGCCAGGCAGAAAAACCGAGUGGCUCAGCGCCGAAGAAGCCGUCAAGAUCAUUAAGUCAGGUCAUACCGUAUUCGUUCAGGGAGCGGCCGCCACCCCGCAGGUGCUUGUGAAGGCGAUGACCAAGCACGGCAAGGAGAACAAGCUGAAGGGUGUAACCGUGUGCCACAUGCACACUGAGGGUGAUGCCGACUACACGGAGCCCGACUGCGAUGGCAUCUUCCGCAGCACCUCCUUCUUCAUGGCCAAGAACGUGCGCAAGGCCGUCGCCGAGGGUCGCUCUGACUGCAUCCCCAUUUUCCUCUCCGAGAUUCCCCUGCUCUUCCACAAGAAGAUCAUCAAGCCCGACGUGGCUCUCAUCCACGUAUCGCCCCCUGAUGAGCACGGCUACUGCAGCUUGGGCACCAGUGUCGAUUGCGUCAGGACCGCCAUGUCCUACUCGAAAUUCAUUAUUGCUCAGGUGAACCCCAAGAUGCCACGCACCUUUGGUGACGCCACGAUCCACUCGUCGCACUUUGACGCCGCCGUGAAGGUUGACACGCCUCUGCCAGACCACGCAAGCAAGCCACCCACCGCCGUCGAGGCCAUGAUCGGCAAGCUGAUCGCCGAGAACCUGGUGGAGGACGGCGCUACCCUGCAGAUGGGCAUCGGCAGCAUCCCCGACGCUGUGCUGUCGCAGCUGCACAACCACAAGGACCUCGGCAUCCACUCUGAGAUGUUUGCUGAUGGCGUCGUCGAACUUGUCGCCAAGGGCUGCAUCACCAACAACAAGAAGACAAUCAACAAGGGCAAGAUUGUUGGCAGCUUCCUCAUUGGUGGACAGAAGCUCUAUGAAUUUGUCGACAACAAUCCUUUCAUCAUCAUGAUGAACGUUGACUACGUGAACAGCACAGGUGUUAUUGCGCAAAACCCAAUCAUGACCGCCAUCAACUCGUGCAUUGAAGUUGACCUCACAGGACAGGUUGUGUCUGACUCAAUUGGCACCAGAAUGUAUUCAGGAUUUGGUGGCCAGGUUGACUUCAUCCGAGGCGCCGCUGAAGGCCUUGACGGACGAGGCAAGCCCAUUAUUGCCCUGCCGUCAGUCACCGUGCGAGGGGAAAGCAAAAUCAGCCCCUACAUCAAACAAGGUGCUGGAGUUGUGACCUCCCGCGCGCAUGUGCACUACGUCGUGACUGAGCACGGCAUCGCCGAGCUGUUCGGACGCAACCUGCGUCAGCGAGCGCACGCCCUGAUCAACGUGGCGCAUCCUGACCACCGCGAGGGCCUCGAGAGGUCGGCCUUUGAGAGGCUGAAGGUUAUGCCCUCGGCAUAAGCGUCACCAACGACCUGCACCACUAGCUCUUGCCUUUCUUCGCAAUUCCAGUUUCGCAAAUUCUACAAACUCGAUCAAUCACACACUAUUCAGUCGGUGCAUUUGGGGAAUUUUAACUCGUUGUGUUUUUCCAAACUUGUUGUUCGUUUUUAUCGCUAGAGCCUAGUCGGUCAGAAAAAGUCUGAGGAACAUUCAAGUCCGUCUUGUCUUACUUUCCACUCGCCACGCAGCAAUAACGAUCCUGUUUUCCGAAUCGAGCCUGUUUGACUCCAGCCAGAGAUAUCAAAAGUAGAAUCCACGCGCCACUGGCUCAAAAAUACUACUUUUGACCUUUCCUAUGAAAAGGCUCCUCUCUCUCUGUAUCUCCGUCAGUUUUCUUUUAAAUUAAUAUGCAAUUAUUGUUCCAAAAAACUGACAAAUUUAUGCUUCAGCGUGAAAUGUUAUCCAUUUUAGUAGGGGGCAAAUUUAGGUACAAAUUAAAAGUGAGUUUAAUCGGCUGCCUCUACUGUCAUAUUUUAACGCCAAUAAAAAGAGCAACUAACUGAUAGGACAAAAACAAAAA